UUCAACCCAUUCGAUUUUCAUACAUAUUGACGUUGGGUGUUUUUUCUUUUUAUUACAAUUUUAUACCACACCAAUUUACUUUAAAGCAUCAUAGGAAAGAAUCAUUUUUAGCGCGUAAAAAUCAACGCCAUUUUAUUGCCGGAAGAAUUAUUAUUGACAUUUGUUCGUGACUAUCUGUUCAUAGGUUCCUUUGCUAAUGGACGAUGAUACAAUUGCUUUUGGCGAAGAAGAUGAAACGAAUCAAAAUAGUAAUAAACUUAAACAUCCAUAUGUCACCAUAUUUCAUUUAGCCUUCAGAAUAUCAGCGAUAAUAGCAUAUAUGUUAUGUGGAUGGUUUUCAAAUAGUUUUAUAACUAGUUUUGUUGUUGUUGUAUUACUUUUAUCAAUGGAUUUUUGGACUGUAAAAAAUAUUACUGGAAGAUUAAUGGUUGGACUUAGAUGGUGGAAUUACGUGGAUGAUAAUGGAAAGAGCCACUGGGUAUUUGAAUCUAAAAAGGGUGUUCAACAGAAUCGCAUUAAUACCACGGAAGCUCGUAUCUUUUGGUUAGCUUUAAUUCUUUGUCCCCUUUUAUGGUCAGUAUUUUUUGUGGUGGCAUUAUUUAGUUUAAAAUUUAAGUGGCUUCUACUUGUUUGUAUCGCGAUUGUUUUAAAUGGUGCAAAUUUAUACGGAUACGUGAAAUGCAAAAUGGGAAAUGAUAAAAAUAUUUCUGCAGCAACUAGUGAUUUUUUGAGGAAACAAGUCAUACAAAAUGUUGCAUCUAUGAUGACUAGAAGUCCUCCCACGGGUAAUUCAAACGAACCAACCAAUGUGAUAUAAAAUUAGAAAGUUUUAACAAUGAUAUCAUAAUGAAUAUUAAAAAAAAUAUCAAUUUGUAUAUAAUAAUUUGUCUUGUAUAUCUUGAUCGAAUAACAUAAAAAAUUAAGUUGCUAUC